AUGGAGAAUUCUGAAAAGGCCAAGGACAUUUGGCAGUAUUCUUUGCCCAUUUUAGAGAUGUUUAUGAUCUUCAUUUUCAUUACAUGGCAAGCCAUUUAUUACAUUUGCAAGAGUGCCAGAAUGUCUCGUUUCACCUCUCAGAUUGCAGGUGGUGUUUUGCUGAGUCUUGUAUUUUUCCACAGCAACGAAAAGUUUCAAAACAUAUUCUUCCCCCAAGAUUACAGGAAAAACGUAAUUGGAACAAUGGGAUCAUUUGGUUACACCAUGUAUUGGUUUCUAAUGGGAGUGAAAAUGGAUUGGGGCAUAAUGUUUGGAACCAAAGGGAAGGCUGCAGUUCUUGGAAUUUCAUCUGUUCUAGGCCCCGUUAUUGUCAGCCAGUUAUCUUUUCCUUCUGAGUUCAACAAAUUCUUCACCAGCCUUGACGAAUCUGUCUUCAUUCUUUUCAUUCAAUCCCUCUCAGCUUUCCCAGUCAUUAUUUCUCUCAUCAACGAUUUGGGGAUGCAGAAUUCGGAGCUGGGUCGACUCGGAAUGUCUUCUGCCUUUGUCAGUGACAUGGUUGGUCUGCAACUUUCACUCAUCUUCAACUGCAUCAAACUCGGUAUUUCUAAUGCCCAAAAUGGAUGGAUUGACUUGGCAGCAAUGGCUGCUUUCCUACUUUUCGCUGUCUUUAUUUGGCGUCCCGCCAUGUUUUGGAUAAUUGGAAGAACACCUGAAGGUAGACCUGUGAGGAAGAUAUAUAUAUACGUCAUUCUUGCUGCUGUGUUUGCUUCUGGAGUUUACUGGGCUAUGUUUGAACAGUUUCUUCCCUUUGGUCCUUAUAUCCUGGGUUUGGCUCUUCCCGCUGGACCACCUCUGGGAUCUGCUUUGAUUGACAAGUUUGACUGCUUCAUCAAUGGUGUCUGGUUGCCUUUCUUUAUCACUUCAUCUUCCAUGAAUGUCGACAUGAAAUUAGCAAGAAAUUUCCGUCGAUUAAACUUGAUCCUUGUGGCAUUUGCAGCAAAGUUUUUUACGUGUUUGAUGUCCUGCAUAGCUUUCAGGAUGCCCUGGAAGGAUGCUGCUGCACUUUCACUUAUUAUGAACUACAAGGGCACUGUUGAGUUAGCCUCCUAUGCUUUCACGCACGACUUGAAUAUUGUGAAGAAAGAUUCUUUCACCACAAUCAUACUUUUCUUCAUGGUAACAUCUUACAUUCUACCGAUCUUGGUUCAAUUCCUUUACGAUCCAUCAAGAAAAUAUGCAGGCUAUCAGAAAAGAGACAUGCUUCAUUUAAAACCAAACUCGGAGCUAAGAAUCCUUGCAUGCAUUCAUAGACUCGACAAUAUAAUCCCCAUCAUUAAUCUCCUCGAAGCCUCAUAUCCAACAAAAGAAAGCCCGCUUGAUGUAAACAUUCUGCAUCUUAUCGAGCUGUCUGGUCAGGCUACUCCUCUCUUCAUUUCUCAUCAAAUGCAGAGCAAAUCAGUGGGUGCUCGCUCUUAUUCUGAAAACGUAAUAAUCUCCUUCAACUCAUUUCGAUCAAAUUACUGGGAUUCAGUUAAUGUGAAUUUGUUUACAUCAGUCUCCGCACCUGAACACAUGUACGAGGAUACUUGCAUGCUUGCCCUUGACAAACUCACCUCACUUAUUAUCCUCCCAUUUCAUCGAACAUGGUCACUCGAUGGAUCAGCUGUUAUAUCAGAGAGCAACACGAUAAGAACCCUAAAUUGCAGCGUCCUUGGAAGAGCACCUUGCUCAGUUGCCAUUCUCGUUGACCGUAAACGAUUAGGUCGCAGAAGCUUGGAGGAAUCAUCUUUCAGAUCUUGUAAAAUGUGUAUGGUCUUCUUCGGAGGAAAAGAUGAUAGAGAAGCACUGGUAUUAGCCAGACGCAUGGCAAAAGACUCAAGAAUCGAGAUGACUGUCCUAAGAUUCUGUUCAUCCAUGGAGGGAAGUGCUAACAUCAAUGAUUGGAACAGUAUGCUUGAUUCCACAGAACUAAGAGAUAUGAGGCAAAAUAAGAUAGAAAUUGGGAAAAGUGAUGAUAUGAAAAGUUGCUUUAAACUAGGUCUUGAAGAAUGGAGAGAGUUUCCAGAGCUGGGUGUCAUUGGAGAUCUGCUUGCUUCACCGGAUCUUGAUACUAAAGCGUCUGUUUUGGUGGUGCAACAUCAGAAGCAAAUGACAUAG